CUUAUCUGUGCUCACUGCGUAUCAUAACCUUGGAGUUGGUCCUCUGUCUUCAAUUGUCAGCUCCAGGCGACUGCAAAACGUUUACCAUACCUUUCAAUAGCGAAGCUAAUAAAAAUAAUGUCCUUAAUUGCACGGCAAGCUGGUUUUGGGAUUUUCCGCAACGCCCACGAGUCCGCCGCCAGAAUACAGCGCUUGCGAGUACCCAAAACGGUACCCAAAGCCUGUCUAUGCAAGCCGGAGGGGAGAACUAGCGGCCCCUCUCGACGAUCGGUUCUCCUAUCGGGGUUGGCUGUCAUAUGCGUUCCACAGCUCCUUGUGACGGACCAGGCCUCUGCAGGAGCCCCUGUGGACGUCCAGCAGGGUUUGGAUGAGUAUGAACGCCUCGAGUCUGAAGGAAAACUGAACUCGUCGAAGGCCUUCGAAAACAUUAGGGCCAAGCUCAAUUUCAAGCGGGGCCUUGAUGGCCGUGUGUACGUUAAGAGCACGAAAGGCAAGAUGUUCGCAGUGCGGCUCGACAUGGAAACACCGGGAACGAUGUUGAUCCGGGACAUGGAAUCAGGCGAAGUGUACGGGCUUCAGACAGAGGGUUUCCAGCAGAUCGACUUGACGAACGACCAAGUGGUAAUUGCGCUGUUCGCUGACGGCAACUGGGAGUCAGCCAUGUCGCCCAUUACCUUCGAGGACGACGACGGCCAGGAUCUUCUUAGCAAGCCUGCAGCAAAUCCGCAUCUGCGCAAGCUUGCGUAUGAGGUCUGCAGGCAUGCAAACUUGACGGAAACAGAUUACUGGAAGCUAUGGGAAAGCAUAGCGAGCGAUGUAAACAACGGCGACCCGGAGGUGGUAGCAGCUGCGUUGAGGUCACUAGCUUGCUUACCAUCCUCACAGCUGGCCGAUCGUCUUGUAGUUGGCCAACUCUCCGAGCUGCUGAAGCCGUGUCUUGCAGCAGAGGCGGCGGUGGUGCGGGCUGCGGCGGUGCUGGCUCUGUCACGCGUUCUGCUGCUGCUUGAAGUACAGCAAGCGGCAGCCAGCAGUGCGGGACUUGCCAAUGCAUACGAGGUGCUCUGGGAUGAGGUGAUGGAUUCCCUACUGGACGAGCGGCCGUUUGUGGUGGGCCAGGCCGCAGCAGCCGCCUCCCAGCUGCUAGCGUACGGCAUUGCCGGCGGCGUGGGCGGUUUUAGUGGCGUCUAUGAUGCCGGCGGCGCCACAGCAGCUGGUGCCUAUGGCGACUCUAGCUCCUUGACUUCCUUCAUGCUUUCUCGCAUUGCCGACCGCGCGGCUCUGCGCCUAUCUGCUGCAUUGGGGCCCGUGCUGGAGAUGUGCAGCAUGGUACCAGGGCCGGGUCAGGUAGUGGUGUGCGAAUUGCUCCUGGCGCUGACACGCCGCCUGCUGACGCAUCCAUUACGCGCUGCCGCGGUCGGCGCGGUGCCAUGGCCCCCACCGGCUGGCGUCCUGGUUCCCAACCUGGCAUCCUUGGUUACCUCCGUGGCUGCGUACCUUGCCAACCAGAUGCAGUCCGGCGACGCGGCAGCGCGUGCAGAGGCGUGUGGUACAGUGUUGGAACUGGCAGCUGACCUAACGGCGGCGGGUCCAGCAGCAGGGGGCGCUGCAGCGGGGCUACCGCAGGGCCUUAUCCUGGGGGCGGUGGACGCGCUGAUGCAGCUGCGGGAGCGGGAGUUUGUUGAGGCGGGCCUAGGGGACAUUUGCGAGACACUUGCGGACGCGCUGCCGGCGCUGCUGCCCGCAGCCCGCGCUGACGUCUUGCGAAAGCUUUGGCCUCUAGCUAGCCGCAUCGAUGACGUGUCACGUCGCGCCCGGGUGUUCUCCAUCGCGUGGAAGGCUGCCAUUGCCUCUGAAAUGGACUAUCGCCAUGGCAACGUGCCACAGCCCAGCGGCACGGCAGGGCUCCUAGGGGCGCCGGCGGGGCCGCCGCCACCGCCCUCGUCAGCUGGCUUGGAUCCAUUGGGACUCCUAGCAGACUUGACGGUACAGCCAGCGGCUGUUGGUGCCAGCGAGGGAGGAAAGGCAGGAAAGGCGGCGAGCGUCGUAACUGCGGUGCCGCCGUCGUUUCGGGUUUCGGCGCAGCUGGAGGAGCAGUACCUGGGUGCGAUACUGGCCGGAAAGGUGCCUGCGGCGGAGGCGAGCGGAGCUUUCACCGUUGCGCAAGCAUCCGCCGCCGUGGCUUCGGGCCCAAGCAGCAGCUCACUGCUGGGUAGCGUAGCUUCCAUGACGCGCGCAGCUCCUCCUCCGCCGCCGCCGCUAUCGAUGGCGCGCCCGGAUUCGAUGCGCAGCUCCGCCACCAGCACGACCAUUGACAGCGCCAGGGGUGCCAAGCCCGAAAAGGAGAAGGAGAAGAAGAGCGGCUUUGCUGGCCGCUUCUUCCGCAGCAAGGUCAAGGCGACGAAAGGCGAGUCUGAUGGGGACCAUGGGGGCGUUGCGGCAGCAGCGGUAGCGGCGCAGGAACAAGAAGCGGCGGCCAAGAAAGAGGAAGCAGCGGCGACGGCGGCGGCAGCCGCUGCCGCUGCAGCGUCGUCGUCUCAGCGGACGGCAACCCCCUCACCCCUUAAGCCCCCACCGUCGCCAGCUGGCAGCGCUGGCGGCGCCAUGGUUUGGGCCUACACAGCCUCUGCCGGUGGCGCAGCGGCAGGGGUCCUGGCCAGGCCAUCUCCCGCACACGCCACACUACGCCACGAGCUGCUGCAGUGUUUGUUGCAGCAGCUUGUCCACCACCCCGCUGCCGCCGUAGCCGCGGAGCUGUGCGCGGAGCACGCCGCAGCUGUGCGCCAUGACCGCAACCCGCCCACUUACUGUGCCGCCGGCGCCGCCGCUGCUUCCACCGCCGCCUCCUCCCUAGCGCGCCGAGUGGCCGACACCGUGCAAUGGGUAGCCAUGGUCGGCAGGGUGCUGGCAGGCUCAAUGGCCUGCACGGGUUGGGAACCGUACGUGGUGCCUGCAAUCACCACAACCCCCAGCACGCCGCCCUCAGGCUGUGUUCCAGUUGACUUCAACAACCUCACUGCGGAUCUGUGGCUGGGGGUGUUGCAGGCAGCAUUGCAGGCGGUGCGGUCCUCACAGGCGUUGCUAGGGCGCAUGGUGGCUGAGGCGGUGGAGGCCGCGGCAGCGGCUGCUCGCGCAGGGACGCAGACGAGCGCAUUUGCGGGGUUGGGUUAUGGCAUGCCGUAUGGCAUGGCGACAGGUGGCCCAGCAGCAGCGGUGCAGCAGCAGCAGCCGGAGGUGACGGAUGAGGCGCACUACCGGGGGUUGCUGUCGUACCUUCAGGAGCAGUUUGAAUUGCUUCAGGGACUUUUGCUGAAGCUGCUUUCUAGCUGGGCCGCCCUCAGCGCCUCCGCCCGGCCACGCGUGGCCUGGGUGGCAGCCCAUUGUCUAGCGCUACCGGGCCACUGGGACCACAGGUGGGAACUGCUGCUGGAGUGCCUGGACGCGCUGCUGGUGUACGGCACGGACGUGCUGGCGGCCAGCAGGCGGCACGACUUGCUGGGCUCUGCGCUGGCAGGAGGGUUAUUCAAGGCGGGGCGUCAGGCAUGGACCGACCCCACCAAGCCCUUCCUGUUCGACAUAGCCUCCGCCUCAGCGUUGUGCGAGGCGCCCGAGUAUGAGGCGCUGGGCCUGCUGGUGGCGCUGACAGCACUGCAGCAGCUGGCGGCCCGGCUAGUCAAUGCGGUGGCAGAAGCGGUGCCGCACGGCCACGCGGGUGCGGCACACGGCCAGGCAGUCGCGGUGGCGAAAAGAUUGGAGGUGCUGCUACGACGGUUUAUUGGCACGGAGCUGGCAGCUGCGCCACACGUGCGAGAUUGGUGCAAGCGCAUCCUCCGCUGUCUGACAACGAUUAUGACCUACACGCCGCCAGUAAACUUGCCGCCGUUAAUGGCGGCGCUGGGAGUCAUUGCCAAGCAGGAACACGAGGCGGGCGGCUCCGCCGCACCCGCGGCUCGCGAGGACGAUGAUGACUCAUCCGACGCUUCUUCCGGAUAUCAUCCUGUCGACGGGCAGCCGGAGUUGCCACCGGCGCUGGCUGCUGCCGCUGCGGCGGCGGUGGCAGCCGCCACCGCCUCCACGCAGGCACAGGGUCUGGGACACGACAAUAUGGCGGUACCCAUGUCCAACGGCACAGUGGGCAACGACGAGGGUGCAACUGCUGAAGGGGCUGCUGCUGCUGAGGAGGAGGAGGCUGGGAAGCGGCGCGCUGCACCAGGCAACUCCUACCUGGUUCGCUCAGCCGCCGCUGACGUGCCCAUGUGGGGCUACCCCUUCGCGCCCCUCUCCGCCAUCGCACUCCACAACUCCAAGCGCGCCCGCCGCCACCGCGCACUGUCACAACACCUCGCCGAAGCUGCCGUAGCGGCGGAUGCGCAGCGGCCCAUACUGGCCGCCGCGCUGCGGCCGCUGCAGCAGCCUGAGGACAACCACAGUGCCGCCACCACAUCAAUUGCAUUGGGGCCCGUCCUGUCGUGCCGGAGCCAGUACCGGCUUGACAGCGAGGCAUUCUGGUCUUCGCUACCUCACACGCAUAGCCCCUGGCAGGAGCUCACAGGGCCUGCAGAUCCGCUGCUGCUGCGGGGCUGCUACGCGCAGCCCAGCAAGGCGCGGGGUGAUGCGGCCACUAUCGUUAUCUUUCUGAGCGCAGCAAACAGGCUCCCGGUUGACAUUUCCGAUGUGGAGGUUGCUCUUAAAACCAGCGGACCGCUGCUGUCCAGUACCCGCCGGGCGGCCGUCUGGGAGCUGCCCAAGCUGGCAGCGCACGACCGUGCAGCAGCGUCCUUCACGUUCAAGGUGCUGGGCUACGGUAGCAUGCAGCUACAUGCUCGGCUGCAGCUGUGCCAAGGACCGGCCCGCACCGACUGCACGCCGCUGCAGCUGGCAUGCCUGCCGCUGGAGGUGCCGGCUGUGGUGCUCUUGCGGCCCCCCAGGCCGCUGCCGGAGGCGGCUGAGUUCUUCAGGGCAUGGGGAACCUUGCCCGUGCGAACGGAGCUGUCAGGCGUCUGUACCUGGCCAGGCCUUGAGGGCGGCGCGCUGUUACUAUCGGCAUUGCUGCGACAGCCGCUUGGCUGCGUCUGGCUGCAGCACGUCCCGGCAGUGUACAGCUUCCAGGCGGCCUUUGCGGCGGACACAGCGCCAGGAGACAGCUUGGCGCUGGUGGUGACGACGCAGCUGAUGCCCCCGGCGGCACCUUGCAUCAGCUCCGAGACGUUCUGCACCUUCUCCAUCAGGUCCUCCUCUCCAGACCUAAUCCUCUCUCUCCAGAGUGGGGCCGCAGCCUGGCUAGCCCAGCUCACGUCUGGAACCGCAAGUCUAGGGGUCGCCAGCCGCACUGUGCAGCCCGCUGCCAGCGGCAAACCACCGCUACACCCCCGCGUGGCCGCGCUGCUGCAAUCCUAUAGCGCCAGUGCAGCACAGCUCGAGUCCACGUUUUUAAUGCCCAUGGCGUCGUUCGGCCUUUCUGUGACGGAGCCGUCCGCUUGGGGACCCAUUACUGCCACGAACACGGUAAUGCUGAAGAACACGGCAUUGCAGGAGUGGCAGCGGCUGCAACGACAGGUGGCGUAGGAACGCUUGCGAGAAGUAUGGCUGCUGCAUAGGAUCGAUCGGGCUAAGUGAUUCUCUGUGUGGCGGAAAGAGUAUGUGAACACUGGUGUGUAGAGGGAAGAGCCUGUGAAGGAUAAUCUAAGUGGGGGAUGACGCAAAGCCAGGCUGCUGAGCGACGGCGCCGCGCGCUUGGGAAAGUACCGGGAACGGCAGCCGUAAGAGGUGACUCAAGGAGGAUCGUACCCAACCAUGUGCAGUGUUGUCGGUUUCCGAUUUGCGCUAAUCGUGAGAGCAGGUGAGGAUAUACGCUCAUGUCUGCCUGCGACAGCUGACCACGGGUGUUACGUGUGGUCUUUUUCAGGAGAGAGCAUCUCUCCUUGUAUUCUCGUGACGUUGGGGUGCUUCACGUGCGGUGGUCAUGUAUGACGUUAGCUCAGGGCUGAUGCUGUUUCGGCGGGCAGCGCGAACAGCGCAUGCGCGGGCAGCUAAUGGCGAAGCCAGGCUUCAAAACAACAAGGCCAUUGAUGAUGGAUUUGAACUGGCCAUUCCGG